AUGAUUUUCGGAACAGCCAUCCAUAAUAUUAUCCGACAUUCCGUAUUCCGCCAGCACAACGGUAUCCGAAAAGUCAGUCCGUUUAAUACUCUGAUAUCGGUUCGUCGCUCGAUAAUCAAAGAAUACAGCAAAAUGACUUACCAGAUCGAAGAGAGAGGUUCGCCCAACACAAUUGACUACAAAUUAUACAUUAAAAAUGAAAAUGGUAUAGUUUCACCAUUCCAUGAUAUUCCAUUGCUAGCUGAUAACACGGGCAAAGUUUUCAAUAUGGUGGUGGAAAUACCUAGAUGGACAAAUGCAAAAAUGGAGAUCAACACAAAGUCUUGUCUUAACCCAAUAAUUCAAGAUACUAAAAAAGGCAAAUUACGUUUUGUACCAAAUGUGUUCCCACACAAAGGUUACAUAUGGAAUUAUGGUGCAUUGCCUCAAACUUGGGAAAAUCCUGAAUUACUGGAUGAGCAUACAGGGUGUAAAGGGGAUAAUGAUCCUUUAGAUGUACUUGAAAUUGGGUACAAAGUAGCAAAACGAGGAGAAGUACUGAAAGUAAAGGUUUUAGGAACUGUUGCAUUGAUUGAUGAAGGUGAAACAGAUUGGAAGAUACUAGUUAUUAAUGUAGAAGAUCCAAUUGCUCCUGAGGUGAACGAUAUAAAAGACAUUGAAAAACAUUUUCCUGGUCUAUUAAAAGCCACUGUUGAAUGGCUAAAAAUUUACAAAAUUCCUGAUGGCAAACCGGAAAACAAAUUUGCAUUUAAUGGUGAACCCAAAGAUGCUGAAUUUGCUUUAAAAAUAGUCAGUGAUACUCACGAAUAUUGGAAAACAUUAUUACAAAAAGAAAACACUGAUGGCUUGUCAUGUGUGAACACGACAUUGAAUAAUGCUUCUACUAUUGACAGUGAGAAGGCUCAAGCAAUAUUAUCAGAGAGUUUGCCACUAUCUGAGCCUUGCCCAUUAUUACCUGAAGUUGAUAAAUGGCAUUUUGUAAAAUUAUAAAAUGAUUACUUUUCAUAAGAUCAGCAGUUAUUUAUUUGGUGAAAUUAGAAAGUGGUAUCAAAAUAAAUAAAUUUUUUGGAAAAUAUUAA